AUGGAGGCCCAAAGAGCUAAACGCAGGCGUGUUUACUCUCUUGAACCAAGCAAAAUAGUACAGUCUAUAUUUACUAGGAAUUAUUUGAACUAUUUAGUUCCAGCAUUGAUGAAGAUAAAGGAAAAGAGUUCUAUAGAAGAUAACGGCCAUUGUGAUAUUAACAAUGCUGUUAAGUAUGAAGUGGACAUGGCAAUGGUGCUGUCAGCCCAAGGUUUUGCAUGGAGCAAUGGCCUUAACGUGAAGCUCCAAAGGGAUCAUGUCAAUGCAGUUAAGAACACUAGCUUUGUUGAAUCAAAUGAGGCUGGUACAGGAGGUUAUGACCAAAAUGAAAAUGUUCCACUGGGUUUCUCUUCAAACCCUAGCACAAAGUCCCAGGUGGAAAUUUUGGGGAGCAAGUGUGAAUCCAAGGACAUGCCAGAAGUUAAAAGGGAUUUAGCCGAAGAAAAAGAUGAUGAUGAUAAAGAUGAGGACAUCAACACCAAGUUGAAGAGGUUGAGAAGGUUGAUACCUGGAGGGGCAGAAAAAAUGUGUGAUGAACAAAUGGUUGCAGAGCUUGAGAGUUAUGUAAGCUGUUUGCAAAUGCAGGUGAAUGUUCUUCAGUGCCUUCUGGCAGAAACGCGUUAA